CAGCCACAGCCAGCCGUUGCUUUCCUUGACGCGAGCACACAUUCCUGAGCUACCAGCAAUGGCCGCUCUCGACCUGCGGCGGUGGCUUGUGGCCCUGCUAGUCGGUUCACUCGCCGCGGUCCAGGUGGCCGGCGGGGCGCCGUGGUUCUGGCCGCCGGGCGGGGACGACCCCGGCGGCUGCCUGAGCUGGCGGGUGAUGGUGGAGGCCAACAACGCCAAGUUCUGGCGCGCGGUGCCGGCGCCCUGCGUCGGCUACGUCUGGGCCUACAUGUCCUGGGGCCAGUACGGCCGGGACGUGAGCAGCGCGGCGGACCAGAUCGCCGCCUACGCCAGCCAGGCCCCCGCCGGCGACGACGGCCUCGACGCCUGGGUCCUCGACAUCGACGACACCUGCCUCUCCAACCUGCCCUACUACCAGGCCAAGCAGUUCGGGGCGUACGAUCCGGCGGCGUUCAAGGCGUGGGCGAGCAGAGGGGCGUGCCCGGGGAUUCCGGCGAUGGUGAGGCUGUUCUGGGUGCUCAAAGGCGGAGGCUUCAGGGUUUUUCUUCUCUCCGGGAGAGACGAGGAGGCUCUCGGCGCGUCCACGGCCGCCAACCUCGCCGCAGCCGGGUUCGCCGGGUACGACCGGCUCAUCUUGAGGAGCGCCGGGUACCGCGGGCAGAGCUCGGUGGUGUUCAAGUCGGCGGAGCGGCGGCGGCUGGCGGCGGAGGAGUACCGGAUCCGCGGCAACGUCGGCGACCAGUGGAGCGACCUCCAGGGCGACAACGCCGGCGACCGCGUCUUCAAAGUGCCCAACCCCAUGUACUUCGUCCCCUGACCGCCCAAACAAUGUACUCCUAGUAUGUAACAUGUAAAUAACGUGACGACGACCGGCGCCGCACCGCUAUAUAUAUGAGAUGGCCGUGUAUCCCC